CCGACCGAGCCCCAGUUCCCGGCUGAAGUCACCGACGCUAAGGGGGACGGUUUCUUCUUAAAAGAGAAACGACAGCGGCGCGCGCGAGGCCGGGCACACAUGGCUUCCUCCCCUGUGGCAGACGCGUCCCGCAAGCGGCGGGAGAAGCGGAGGCAGCUGGAUGCGCGCCGCAGCAAGUGCCGCAUCCGCCUGGGCGGCCACAUGGAGCAGUGGUGUCUCCUCAAGGAGCGACUGGGCUUCUCCCUGCACUCACAGCUCGCCAAGUUCCUGUUGGACCGGUUUCUCUCUUCAGCAGGAUGGCCAGUGUGAUUUGUGGCCUCCCAGGUCCUGCUCCUCUCCUCAAGGUCCCAGCGAGUACACUUCUUCAGGCUGCAUCCUCUGUGCAGGUCCAGAGCCUUUGCCCCCCAAGGGUCUGCAGUAUCUGGUGCUAUUGUCUCAUGCACACAGCCGAGAGUGCAGCCUAGUGCCUGGGCUUCGAGGGCCUGGAGGCCAAGAUGGGGGACUUGUGUGGGAGUGCUCAGCAGGCCACACCUUCUCCUGGGAACCAUCUUUGAACCCUACACCUCCAGAGGCCCCCAAGCCAGCUCCUAUUCCACAUACUUCCCUGGCAGGCUGGUGUCCGGAGGGCAGGAGCAGGCAGGAGCCUGCAGGUUUGGAAUCUGAGCAUGAUGAGAGGACUCAAGAAGCCAGGUUACCCAGGGGUGUGGGACCCCCACCUGAGACCUUCCUGCCUCCCAGAGAGGAACAGGAUGAGGAAGAUGAGGAUGAUGACGAGGAUGAAGAAGAGAUGCUCAGUGAUGCCAGCCUGUGGACCUACAGCUCCUCCCCAGAUGACAGUGAACCAGAUGUCCCUAGACCACCCCUUUCCUCUGUCACCUGCACAUCUGAGGGAGAAAGACCACUUUCGCCUGCAGUUCUCACAACUCCUCUUGCUGUCUCCUCCUUGCCAGUAUCCCCAGUGGGUUCCAGAGCUCCUCUAACAUCAACAGUUGAGGUGCAGUUGGAGCUCAGUGGGACCCCUCUGGCAGCCCAGCACACUGAGUCUUUGGCGAGCCCUGGGACUCAGGCCUUGUCUGCUGCCCCAGUCUCUGCCUGGGAUGAGGACACUGCACAAAUUGGGCCCAAGAGAAUUAGGAAAGCUGCCAAAAGAGAGCUGAUGCCUUGUGACUUCCCUGGCUGUGGAAGGAUCUUCUCCAACCGGCAGUAUCUGAAUCACCACAAGAAAUACCAGCACAUCCAUCAGAAGUCAUUCUGCUGCCCUGAGCCAGCCUGUGGGAAGUCUUUCAACUUUAAGAAACACCUGAAGGAGCAUGUGAAAUUGCACAGUGACACCCGGGACUACAUCUGUGAGUUCUGUGCCCGAUCUUUUCGCACUAGCAGCAACCUCGUCAUUCACAGACGCAUCCACACAGGAGAGAAACCCCUGCAGUGUGAGAUAUGCGGGUUUACCUGCCGCCAGAAAGCCUCCCUGAAUUGGCACCGACGCAAGCAUGCAGAAACAGUGGCUGCCUUGCGUUUCCCCUGUGAAUUCUGUGGCAAGCGCUUUGAGAAGCCAGACAGUGUUGCAGCCCACUGCAGCAAAAGUCACCCAGCCCUGCUCCCAACCCAAGAGUCACCUGGCCUCUUAGAGUCCUGUCCCAGCAUCUCAGCCCCUGAAUCCCUAAGGUCUACUGAGGGGUUUGGGCCCCUUACCUCCUCAGGCUCCACCUUGGCUUCUUCAGCAGUAAGCACUUCCCCUCUGCUUGGGAAGCCAGACUCCAGGGACUGAAAAGAUUUGGAGAGAUAGCCUGGAUGAGAAAUGUCAGAUGCCUGGUCCCCAGAGGUCUGGUUCCAGACAUCUAGAACCAGGGUGAUGGGCAGCACAGGAUGGGAGCAUGACUGGGCUCUAGAGAAGCCUGACUACUUUAGUAGUCUGCAUGUGUGGGCAGAGCAAAUGUUUUGGCACCUGAGAUGCAGGAAUCCUGGAUUCCUUUGAAAGCAGGCUGUUAAAAUGUGCCAGAAUGCAGUAUAGGUGCAGGUCCUAACCUGCCUUGACCCUGAGGGCCAAGUUUUCUUUCUGGGCUCUUUGCAACUCUUUUCUAUCAAGUAUGACACCUACCCUCACACUCAAGUAGAAAAGGCUAUGACCCACUGGGUCAUACUUCAGUGGGACUGGCUGGACCAGGAUGAGGCAUGUGAUCCUGGUCUAUCUUCUAUUUGCCAUUAACUGAAAAAGCCUUAUGUAUAGAUCCUGAGACUCUGGCCUUCUAGUGCAGAAUUCAGAGGUCCUACCUGCAAGAUAGCUGAGUUACCUUGGGUAGUGUUAACAGUUGGAAUCUAAAAGUGUCCCCUAAAGGCUCAUGUGUUAAAGGCUUGGUUGCUAGCUGAUAGGCUUUUGAGGGGUUACUGGCUCUAACUUCCAUCAAUGAAUUAAUCCUUUCAUGAAUUCAUAGCUAAAUGGAACAUUAGAAGGUAGGGCCUUUGAAGGGUGUAUCUUGUCCCUGGACCCUUCCUGUCUUUCUGCUUCCUGGCUACCAUGAGGUGAACAUCUCUGCGCCAUCACACCCUUUCCACCAUGACAUUGUGUCUCACCUCAGGCCCAAAGCAAUGGAUCAAAACUCCUGAAACCGUGACUCAAAAUAAA